GCGAUCAGGAAGUACCGGGGGGCUGGAAACUAGGCGGGGAGAGAUGCUUGACUGGGUGCAGCGCCCCAACCCACGGUAGGAGAAGGAACUGCGGUAAGGACGGCCCUGGGAGCCAUGGCAAGUGCAGUUUCAGGGGUGACCCUCCCGGGGCUUGUUGCUAAUGUUUCCGAGCGACACAACAGCACGCUACCACAUACCUGGAGUAACCUGCACCCUUAUCAGGCUAACAUUUUGGGAACGGUCCUGGCAAUAGCCGGAAAUGUCCUCAUCAGUAUUUCGCUAAAUAUACAGAAAUAUACGCACAUUCGUCUAUUGUGCCAAGAAAGCCAAACACCAUAUUACAGGAGCAAGCUGUGGUGGUGUGGAAUCCUUUUGAUGGGAAUGGGUGAGCUGGGGAACUUUGCAGCGUAUGGUUUCGCUCCAGCCACUCUGGUUGCUCCCCUGGGCUGUGUCUCUGUCAUUGCUAGUGCAGCCAUUUCUGUGGUGUUCUUGAAGGAGACCCUACGAUCUUCCGAUAUCCUGGGGGGAUCGUUGGCCGUACUGGGAGCCUAUCUUCUGGUGACCUUUGCCAUUAAUGUCCAGCAAGAAAUCACAGCCCUUAAAAUUAGUCUAUACUUCAUCAGUUGGCCAUUUCUAGUUUAUUUGGCUUUGGAAUUUAUACUGUUCGUUAUUUUGCUGUAUCUCUACAAGAAAAGAGGCAUGAACCACAUAGUGAUUCUACUGCUGAUGUCUUCGAUACUUGCCUCACUGACUGUGAUCUCAGUAAAAGCUGUCUCUGGGAUGGUGACGAGCUCCAUUCAGGGCCAGCUUCAGUUCCAGUAUCCCAUAUUCUACGUCAUGUUCGUCAUUAUGAUCACAUCUUGUAUUUUCCAAGUACAAUUCUUGAACCAAGCAAUGCGACUCUAUAAUGCGACAGAAGUGGUGCCAAUCAACUUUGUUUUCUUCACAGCUAGUGCCAUCAUAGCAGGAGUGAUAUUUUAUCAGGAGUUCCGUGGUGCUGCCUUGCUUAAUAUAUUUAUGUUCUUAUUUGGGUGCAUGCUGUCAUUCCUUGGAGUUUUCCUGAUAGCCAAAAACAGAGAAAAGCAGACAUCCGAAGUCCCGUAUAUUGACAUGGGCCCUGUUCCAAAACAAAGGAGCACCGAGAAGAUCCAACCAGGGUUGAACAACAAUUCUUAUGGAACUGUAAAUGAUGAAGAACAGAACAAUGACUCUCUGAGUGAAGAUGUAAAAUAACCAUUAAAACACAGAUUGGAUUUAAUAUUCAAAACAUUAACUGAACUUUAACAUCUCAUCGAGUUAGAUAUUUUUAGCAUUUUUCCAGCCUGGCCUGGGAUCCCUCAUUUGACAAUAUUGUGUCUGAACUCAGCACUGUUGAGCCAAUUGUGGCUCAGUCAGUAAAUGCAAGUGUUUACAGUGGAAAAUAACACUCCUUUUAUCGUUGCUAGUUGUUUUUAAACGUGUGUAUCAGAUAGCCAGUCUUCCUGACCCUGUUUGAUAUUGGACCACUAACUUUGAGCUGAAGAGUUUCUUUUCCACUUAGAUUUCACGCACACCUCUGGACAAAUGGACACGUGUUUAUUCCCAGGUUUAAACAAAGAAACAAGACAAAAAUUCUUUCCAUUGUUUAUUUAAUCUGUUGUAUAAAAUGCACUUAAGGAGAUCAGCUCAGCUGCUUCAUUCAAUGGAAAUGCAAGAGGAAAAUCAAUCAGGAAAAAAUGUCAUCCAUGCUGGGGAAUGAUGUUGAUUGUUUUAAAUAACAAGAACACACUCUCAUACUGUCUUCAUGACCUCAGGAAAUCAUAAAACUUAAAGCGCGGGGACAAGGGGACACGGAUUUAAGGUUUUCAGCAUGAAAAUGGGCAGGGAAUGUUCUAAGAAGGAAAGAUGUUGUUAAACUUGGACAGGUUCAGGAAAAAUUUACAAGGAUGCUGCUGGGGUCGGAAGGUUUGAGCUACAGGGAGAGGCUGAAUAGGCUGGGGCUAUUUUCCCUGGAGGCGUCGGAGGCUGAGGGGUGACCUUACAGAGGUUUCUAAAACCAUGAGGGGCAUGGAUAGGGUGUCUAGCCAAGGCCUUUUCCCCAGGGUAGGGGCGACUAUAACGAGAGGGGCAUAGGUUUAAGGUGAGAGGGAAAAGAUUUAAAAGGGACAUAAGGGGCAACUUUUUCACACAGAGGGUGUUGUGUGUAUGGAAUGAGCUGCCAAGGGAAGUGGUGGAGGCUGGUACAAUUACAACAUUUAAAAGGCGUCUGGAUGGGUAUAUGAAUAGGAAGGGUCUAGAGGGAUAGGGCCCAAAUGCUGGCAAAUGGGACUAGAUUAAUUCAGGAUAUCUGGUCAGCAUGGACGAGUUGGAUCGAAGGGUCUAUUUCUGUGCUGCACCUCUCCAUGACUCUGAGUGUAAUCAGUUGGAAGGUGGUAGAACUGGAGACAGAGAUGGUGUUUGUAAAAGGAAAUAGGUUGAGCACUUGAAAGAAGUAAAUUUGCAGAAGUAGAGUGGCUCUGAAUGGAUCAUUCUACAGAGGCAGAGAGCAUAGACUUGAUGGGCUACAUGGCUCCUGUACCUUAACGGCAGUAUGAUUCUCUAGAAAGUACUUUACAUGACAGCAGUGUUGCACUUCUAACAUAGGACAAAUUACGGUCAAUUUGUACGUAAUGUGAUACUACUAACAGGAUAGUGAUCUGUGACUGAAUAGGGUUUGAUGAUGUUGAGAGAGAAAUGAAUGCUGGCCAGGACACACAGGAGUACCUUGGCUCUUUCUGGCUCUCUAAUGGUCUCAGGUCUGAGGAUCCCCCAGUAAUGCACCACAUGUCAUGCCUCGAUUAUAGGCACAAGUCUCUGGAGCAGCAUUUCAACCCACAGCAUGAAGUACUGUAUUAUAAUAUUGCAUCAUUUAUUUUAAUAUGUAGGAAAGAGUAUUUAUUUUAGAAUUUUUAUGUUUAGGUAUUUACUUAAUAUUUUUGUCACAUGUUAAAUUCCUGCUGUCACUAUGAUGAGAAAAGAUUCCUGUUCUCAAGAUAUUCUCACCUUCACAAAUGCCUUUAAAAAGUUAUUAAAAAGAAAACAGAGAAUAUUUUGUGAUGGAUCAGAAAUUGGUCAAUUCCUUUUCCGGCCCUGAUGCAUAUGAGUCGCUGCUUUUCCCUAGUUUCUAUUUGUAUCUCCCUCUGUCUGUCUCUGUCCCCUUUUCUCUCUCUUUCUCCGUGUCUCCUGGUCCCCUUGUCUCUCUUUCUCUGUCUCCCUCUCUUUGUCUCUCCCUGUUUUGCAUGCUCUCUCUCUCUCCAUCCCCACCUUCUCUCUUUCUCUCUCAGUUCCUUGGUCCCUGUCUCUCUCUGUCUGUGCCUGUCCGUGUCUCUCCUGUAUUACUCUCCUUACCGCUUGAUGAUUUUCUUGCCGUUCUGCCCAGCUGGCUGUGUCUUGGCUUCAAGCUGGCUGGAUAGUUUUGUAUAAUUGGUUGUGCAUUGUGUUUUGAUGCUGGAGGUGUAGAAUAUGCUAUCCAUAUUCCCAUUCCCACACUUCACCCUCUGCUUCAUUCCACCUGACUGUUCUAAUUUCCUCCAGUGUCCCUUCAACGUUCCCACAAUCCUCUCUUCUUCCAGCCGUCACUCCCCCCAAUCUGAUUUUUAUAAACAACAAUAACAAAAACAAAG